GAUAUCCAAGAUGGCGGACGAAAGCGCGUCUGUUUAUGUUGAGACGUCUAUGGGCAGAUUUGAAGUUGAGUUGUAUUGGAGACAUGCUCCAAAGACAUGCAAGAAUUUCUUAGAACUGGCAAAACGAGGCUACUACAACAACUGCAAGUUUCACAGGGUAAUAAAGGAUUUCAUGAUUCAAACUGGUGACCCAACUGGAACUGGUCGUGGUGGAGCUUCUAUAUAUGGUCCAACAUUUGAAGAUGAAAUCACAAGAGAACUUAAGCACACAGGAGCAGGCAUUAUAUCAAUGGCUAAUAGUGGUCCUAACACAAAUGGUAGUCAGUUUUUCGUAACUCUAGCUCCARUACAGUGGUUAGAUGGAAAACACACAAUAUUUGGACGCAUAAAGAAAGGUAUUGGAGUCGUAAAGAGGAUAGGUUUGGUGGACACUGAUACCUCUGAUAGGCCAAUACAUGAUGUGUACAUCAUCAACUGCAAAGCACCAUAAACUUCACACUACUAGAAAAAUCCCCAAGUUCUCUCUGUGUACAAUACUUACUUACUGUCUACAAGUAUUGGACCACCAGUAGCUCUGUCAAGGAUGAAAUGAAACAACUUUAUGUUAUUAAUCCCAUUAUACUUUCAAAGGCCUUUUCUAAGUUUGAUAAACAGGAUGCAUCAUGGUCUAGAUUUGGUACAAGCAACACCAUAUGAGGUAUGAUGAACCAAAGAUGUUUGUACCCAAGKUUUGCACCAUAAUGCACCAUGUUCUCCAACUUAGAAAAGUUAUACUGAUAAAAUAGGACAAAAAUGUAUGAAAUCAGCAAGUCAAACCUUGAGAUGAAAAUGUAGUAACAAUUCAAUUCAGGACAGGCAAGUUAGUCUGCCAAUAAAGAAUAAAGAAUAUCCAUAGUUCUA